AUGAACGCAGCGGGCGCAACACGUGACCGUCCGAACAAACAGUGCAUUAUGAUUUCAGAUGCGUUACAAAAAUGGACAGUUGUGACAUUCGUGUUCGUGGGAGCCGUUCUCUCACAAAUACCGAUGCCCAUGCCGAUGCCGAUGCAUAUGCCGAUGCCCAUGCCGAUGCAGUACGGCAUGCCUCCGUUCCCACCCAUCAUAAUGCAGGGGCCACCUCCGCCACCGCCCGUGGCAGUGCCGGUACCGGUGCCCAUGCCCAUACCUAUACCUUACCCCGAGCCCGCAAGCUCCACCACAACCACUACUACCACCACCACCGCGGCUACACCAUCGAACGAUGGCAAUGGUAACGAUGGUGACAAUGGAGAAAACGGUGGUGAUGGUGACACCAUAAGAAUACCUAUAGCUAUACCAAUACCUGUACCUCACUUUGUACAAAUCGCCGUCCCUGGUUUUCAACCGCCAUCAUGUCAGAAACCAAACGGACAAAACAACUGUCCUCCGUGUCCUCCCUGCUCCUGCGAUCCGUGCACACCAUCAUUCUUUUCAUUUUGUUCUCCUUGUCACCAAAAGUGCAGGUGUAAGAAUGGCCAAGACGUUCCCAUCCCACAGCCUCCCAGGGCGCCCAUGCCUCUCCCUGGGCCGGCCUUCCCCAUGCCCAUACCGAUUCCCGGGCCACCACCGGUAGUCAUAGUACCUUUCCCACCUGAAGUCCAUUUGCCUAAUCCCAAACAUCCUAAUAAACCAUCAUCUCAGUCCAGUGAUUGUGACGACUCUGACAGCGACUCCGACUCAGAAUCAGACGACGACGAUUCCUGUGACAGUGAUGAUAGCAGUCGAUCUAAAAAGAAGAAAAAGAAAAAGGGUAAGAAGAAGAAGAAGAAGGAUAAGAAAAAAAAGAAGAAGAAGUCUAAGUACGACAUAUACAGAAGAAACCUCGGUUACAUGAACCUCGACCAUAGUGAUAAUGAACUGGUGAAGCCGGUGCUCACUUACAUGGCUAGAAACGGCGACAUCAAGAUGAAGCGGCGGCUGAGCAAGGACGAGGCGAACCUUCUGAUGGACGAGGGCGACUCGCUGCAGCACGUGCAGCUUGUCGCCGGGGAUGAUACCAAUACCAGGUCGCGAGUGUUAGUCGUCUCCAAGCCUGGGAUGAGAUCAAACGGACGUAGGCAGGUGCUGCUGCGCAGCGGCCGCGCGCAGCAUGUGCUGGGCGAGGGCCGCAAGGAGCUCGUCUUCCGCCCGCCCGACUACAGGAAGAUCAGCAACCUGUCUGUGUCCUUCCAAAUAUCUAAGUAGUACAUA